AGCCAAGUUGAGCGCCUCUUGCUCUUCAUUACGAAGACAAGCUGGGAGAAAGAGUGUACUGUCCAGAAGACUCAAACGACUAAUAGCACAAUAUGACAGACCCAGAAGUGCCCGACUUCCCCAGUGGCCCUCUGGAUGUGUACAGAAGAAGAGCGUCUUUCAACUGGCGGGACAUGCAGAGCUUCAUAGAUGGAGAGGAAUCCUUACUGUUUAAAAGACGCGUGUGGAAAACCUUGGAGGAAGAUGCUCUUUUUGCACGCCAACCUGGACAAGAGAUUUCUGUUGAUAAACACAGAGAACUGACCCUCCUCAGGGUGAGGCAGAUAUAUUGCUACAAUUUCCUGACCAAAGACGAGGCCUUGGCUACUCCAUGGAAAACGCUGGUCCUCAAUGAUUGUCUUGGCAUGUAUGACCUCGGCUUGGCAGGAAAACUAUUCCUUGGCAAACAGAUGUUUGGAGCAACUAUUGUCAGCUUGGGAUCAAGUAGACACAGCAGAUUUGUUGAAGACGCAGACAACAUGACGAGUUUUGGGUGCUUUGCAAUGACUGAGCUCAGCCACGGCAGCAACACCAAAGCCAUCAGGACCACCGCCAUCUACGACUCGAGUUCUCAGGAGUUUAUCAUCAAUUCUCCAGACUUUGAGGCUGCCAAAUUCUGGGUGGGAAAUCUGGGCAAGACAGCCACCCAUGCUAUUGUGUUUGCUCAGCUCUACACACCUGACAAGGUUUGCCACGGGCUGCACCCGUUUAUAGUUCAGGUGAGAGAUCCCAAGACGCUGAUGGCAUUGCCUGGUGUGCUGGUUGGAGACGUUGGCAAGAAGGUGGGACAGAAUGGCCUUGACAAUGGGUUUGCAUAUUUCCACAACAUAAGGAUUCCGCGGGAGAACUUGUUGAACAAAACGGGAGAUGUUACCCCUGAUGGCCACUAUGUGUCACCAUUCAAAGAUCCCAGCAAACGUUUUGGAACAUUUAUGGGGGCCCUGUCUGGUGGAAGGAUUUUCAUCACCAGAAUGGCCCUGGGGAAACUGAAGAUGGCUCUGACUGUGGCGAUCCGCUUCUCAGCCACCAGGCGACAAUUUGGUCCUAAGGACACAGAGGAGAUUCCUGUCCUGGAAUACCAAUUACAGCAAUGGCGUCUCAUUCCCUACCUGGCAGCAGCAUAUGCUCUUGAACAAUUCUCCAAGUCCAUCUUCUUCAAAUUUACUGAGUUCCAAAUUGGACAAAAGACGGGAGCCACCAGUAACAGACAAGAAGCGAUGGCUCGGGAGAUUCAUGCCAUUGGCUGCGCCAGUAAACCGCUGGGUUCUUGGACUGCACAGAGGGGCAUCCAGGAGUGCAGGGAGGCCUGUGGUGGACAUGGAUACCUUGCCAUGAACCGACUGGGUGCGCUGCGGGAUGAUAAUGAUCCAAAUUGCACAUAUGAAGGAGACAACAACGUGUUGCUGCAACAGACCAGCAACUACCUGCUAAGCUGGUUUCAAGCAAAAGUCCAUCAUGGUGUUCAAAUUCAGUCUCCCUUCAAUACUGUGGAUUUUCUGGAUGAUUUCCAGAAAAUCCUGGCUGGCAGGUUUACAGCAACAACAGUGGAAGGCUGUAUGGACUCAGCAGUGUCUGUUGCAGCCUAUAAGUGGCUGGUGUGCUUCCUGCUGGACGAAAGUGCUAAGAGACUGGAACAACAGAGAGCUUCAGGGAAGGAUGAAUUUGAGGCCCGUAACGACAGCCAGGUUUACUACUGCAGAUCUCUAGCCAUUGCCUUCAUUGAGUACAGCUGUCUCCAGGGAUUUCAUGAGCUGGCUAAUGAUGCCGCUACACCAACAAGUCUCAAGCCAGUGCUAAAGAAGUUGUGUGCUCUGUAUGGACUGUGGAGUCUCACAAGCCACGUGGCCACGUUGUUCCAGGGUAAUUACCUCAAAGGAAAUAAACCAGUUGAAUUCAUUCAGAUGGCCAUUCUCACUCUCUGCUCUGAGCUGAAAGAUGAUGCAGUAGCAUUGAUUGAUGUUUUAGCACCAACUGAUUUUAUCCUUAACUCACCUAUUGGCAAUGCUGAUGGACAGCUUUACAAGAACUUGUGGUCAGCAGUGAUGCAAGGCAGUCAGGUGAUGGAACGUCCCUCCUGGUGGAACAAGUUCUGCUUGGACAAGCCUGUGGUUGGAUCCCUGCGUUCAAAUCUGUAAAACCCAAAGCGACGAAGACAGUACCUAAACUUUCAUUCCAAUGAAAUGUGUUUUCUUUUGUAUGACCUCUGCUGGAUUGAUUUUAUACUUAAUCUGUGCUAGGGCCUCUUGGCUCAACAUAAAGAGCAACCCACUUUUCUGACUGUAAAAUUGUGACUUUAAUUCUAGGUAUCAGUGUUAAAAGCAUAAUGCAAAUUAUAAUCCUGAAUAACUUUAUGCUUUUGUCAAGAAAAUGUAGCCUAAAUGGAACUACACCAUGCAGUAAGAAAACUGUAUAGAAAGCUGAUAACUUGCUAUACAUUUAUAUACCUUUUUUUCGUUUCUAUUUUUUUUUUUUUUU